GUUUUUGCCUUUUUCAUUCAUUCACUCUAUAAAAUGCUUUCAUUUCUAUCCACACUCUUCAUCGUCAUACAAACAAAUCUAAUAUCUGAAAAUUCGUCUCAAUCUUUGAUCGUUUCAAGUUAUGUCGAGCACUGUUGGUCAAGUCAUCAAAUGCAAAGCUGCGGUGGCAUGGGAGGCUGGAAAGCCACUGGUAAUUGAGGAAGUGGAAGUGGCACCACCACAAGCUAAUGAAGUCCGUGUCAAAAUCCUCUUCACUGCUCUUUGCCACACUGAUGUUUACUUCUGGGAAGCCAAGGGCCAAACACCUCUCUUUCCUCGCAUAUUUGGACAUGAAGCUGGAGGAAUUGUGGAGAGUGUAGGGGAGGGUGUGACAGAUCUCAAGCCAGGAGACCAUGUUCUUCCUGUAUUCACUGGUGAAUGUGGGGAUUGUCGCCAUUGUCAAUCGGAGGAGAGCAACAUGUGUGAUCUUCUCCGAAUCAACACUGACCGUGGUGUUAUGAUCAAUGACGGCAAGUCAAGAUUCUCUAUAAAUGGAAAGCCAAUCCAUCACUUUGUUGGAACCUCGACCUUUAGCGAAUACACUGUUGUUCAUGUUGGCUGUCUGGCCAAGAUCAACCCGGCCGCACCUCUUGAUAAAGUUUGUGUUCUUAGCUGCGGCAUAUCCACAGGGCUUGGUGCCACUUUGAAUGUUGCAAAGCCAAAAAAGGGUUCAUCUGUUGCAGUCUUUGGACUUGGAGCUGUUGGCCUUGCAGCUGCUGAAGGAGCGAGAAUUGCUGGUGCAUCCAGGAUCAUUGGUGUUGAUUUGAAUCCAAGUCGAUUCGAAGAAGCAAAGAAAUUCGGUUGCAACGAGUUUGUGAAUCCAAAGGAUCAUAACAAGCCUGUUCAAGAGGUGAUAGCCGAGAUGACUGAUGGAGGAGUCGACCGGAGUGUCGAAUGCACCGGAAGCAUUCAGGCAAUGAUCUCAGCAUUCGAAUGUGUCCACGAUGGUUGGGGUGUUGCUGUACUCGUUGGGGUGCCGAACAAAGACGAUGCAUUCAAAACUCAUCCAAUGAAUCUCCUAAAUGAGAGGACUCUGAAGGGUACCUUCUUCGGAAACUACAAACCCCGAACCGACAUUCCAGGGGUCGUUGAACAGUACAUGAGGAAGGAGCUGGAAUUGGAGAAGUUCAUAACACAUUCAGUCCCAUUUUCUGAGAUAAACAAAGCAUUUGAUUACAUGCUGAAGGGAGAAUCAAUUCGCUGUAUUAUAAGGAUGGGAGAGUGAUUUGUGUUAUUUGUUUUUUGGGGGAAGGUUCAACGUUAUGAUGAAUGAUAAUGCAAGUGUUGUAUAAGGAUCUUAAUUGAGAUGUGCAGUCGGUCUGGUUUUAUAUCUUACAAGAAUAAAUUUUUUUAGCUAUUUCUCGCA